UUGCAAAGUGCCCUGCCAAAUAGGACUGCUGUGUUCAAUGCAAAAUAGUGUUUUCUAGAAGGAAAGUUGAUAAAACCGUUUGACAAAAUUCCCAGCAAAUGAGAUAUUCAAUUGGAUUGGUAGCCGUUUUACCCAUCUGGCAGCGGCAGAAAAGGAAAUUUAUCCAAUCCCCAUCUGGUAGAGGAAGAAAAGGCAAUUCAUCCAAUACCUGAUAUAUAAUAAUAAGCGCGUGUCUCUAUUAAUGUGUUGGUACUGAAAUUGAUUCAUCCGAGAUGGAGGGGCAAUUCAUCCAAUCAAAUGCCCGAGAAGGAGAAUGGGUUCACUGCUAAUCAUAUUUAUCUUUUCAGAAUAUAGAAAACCCUGACGCUUCGAAGAGGUUGGCAAAUGCAUGUGAUAAUUUGUCUUUUCUUCUUCUUCUUUACAAUGGCGUUUGGCUUUUUUUAUUCAACAGAAGACAGCUAGCUUGUCUAUGGGCGGCAAUGUCGUUCACGACAGCUCAAUUUCGCUGUGUGAAUCAAAACAAAACAAACCCAAAUCGUACAGUUCAAAAAUAUGGUUUUUAAUACAGUAUAAUAAUACCUUAUUCAACCUAAAAACAAACCCUUAUUAUUAGGUAUCCGCAAGCUGAUAAGAUAUUCGAUCUGACAACGCAAAAGGAGGAUUUCCUAAUUGUACCUGUACGUUGGUUCAAUGGAUAACCCCAAAUAUGUGAAAUGGUCAGUGCUUCAGAGGAAAAGGGCAAAAGUGCUAGCUAUUUUAAUCAUAUAAUGUUCGUUGAAAUGAGAAAGUGUAACUGGAAGUUUUUGAAUGCGACUAAGUUUAUCUUCAAAAGAAGUUUCUGGAUGUAAAGCUUGAGAACAUUCCAUUCAAAAGUCAAACUGAGAAUGCAUGCUAUAUGUUUGAGAAAAUGCUUUCAGCUGCAAAUCGUGUAUUGACUGUCCUUCCAGGGCGUGCCAAUUAAGACUGAAAUUUAAAAUUGUCAGCGUGUAAAAUGUUAAUUAUUAUGAGAUAAAGAGGAAAAGAUUGAUUGGAUGGGUUAAUUUACCCGUAAUUAUAACCCGUUUACUGUAAAGAAAACCGCUUUCCUGCCAAUUGUUUUAUAGUAUGUCUCGAAGAAACAAAACGAGUUUGGCUAGAUUCCGGCUAGACGACGAAUUUUCAGUGACGGCAAACCCAUAAAUUCGAGCAAUAAUAACGGACUUCGAAAAUCUAAACACCUAUUAGUAGAACGGCGUUGAGCCAGAAUGGUCGCCAACUACUGCCAACUAUUUGACAAAAUGUGGCAAUUAAAACAUGAGAUUCCAUCCUUAUUUCCCGCUACUCUCCUGCUAAAAAAUUGUUUUUUCAGGGUGAAAAUGCAGGCCUUCAGAUGGUCUCGCAAAGGAUGCUAUUCUAGUUGUCAAUUAGAAAUUGGGUUUGACUGUGAAAUUGAUAUGGAAGUUUCUAGAGCACAUAGUAUAAGGCGGCUAACGGAAAUAACAGGAUUGUAAUUGAAUAGUUAUUCAUGAGAAAUAUUAAGGUCAAAGUCCUUGAUUUGGUAGAAGGAUAUGUUUCAGAGUAUUGAAUUCUCCCUGCCCAAUUUAUAAAACUGCGUAAUUGCUUACGUUUCCUUCAAUCUCUUUGAACUUAUAUAUGUCCUACGGGCUUUGGACAAAUCAUCUGGUAUCUCAUUUAUUGUUAGCUAGUUGUCUACAAUUUGGUUCGUGCUCAAAUGGAUAUGAAUAGCUCCCUUCUUUUCAGGCUUUUCCCGAUAUCGUGGCACUCCGUCAUAGCCGCUCUGGUAACGCUGUUGAUAGCAUGGCAGCAGUUUGCAUACUCCAUGAAGAAAAAUUCUAUUCCAGGUCCUUCGGUGGUGAUUCCUUUUAUUGGAGGUGCCAUAGAAAUGGUGAGGAAUCCCACGAAAUUUUGGGACAAUCAGGCCAAGGCUGCGAGAAGUUUUGGAUUGGCAGGAAACCUUCUGUUUGGCAAAUUUAUUGUCUUUAUUCAGGAUUCUGAGCUCUCCCAAAAGAUUUUUGCCAAUGUAAAACCUGAUGUUUUUCAUCUGAUCGGACACCCAUUUGGGAAAAAGCUAUUUGGAGAGCAUAAUCUUAUAUAUAUGUUUGGAGAAGAGCACAAGAAUCUCAGACGUAGGUUUGCUCCAAAUUUCACACUCAAGGCUCUGGGAAUUUAUGUUGGAAUACAAGAGAAAGUCAUUAGGCAGCAUAUAAGGGAGUGGAUUGCGAUGUCUUCUGAAGACAAACCUAUUGCUCUGAGGAGUCUCUGCAGAGACAUGAAUCUGGAAACCUCACAAAAUGUUUUUGUGGGUCCUUAUUUGACUAGUGAGGCGAGGGAGCAGUUCUAUAGGGAUUAUAAUCUAUUCAAUACUGGUCUCAUGGCACUACCCAUUGAUUUUCCAGGGUUUGCAUUCUAUAAAGCCAAGCAUUCUGUAUCUAGGCUGGCAAAAACUCUUGGAGAGUGUGCUCAUCAAAGCAAGGGAGUUAUGGAGUUAGGUGUGGAGCCUACUUGUUUGGUAGAUUUCUUUAUGGCAGAAACAUUGAAGGAAAUUAAAGACGCGGAACAAAGAGGUGCCCCUAAACCCUUACAUACCGAUGACAUUGAAAUGGGAGGAUUUCUUUUUGAUUUUUUGUUUGCUGCACAAGAUGCUUCUACAUCUUCGCUGGUAUGGGCUGUAACAUUACUGGAAUCCAACCCAGAAAUUCUAGAAAAAGUCAGAGAAGAGCAAAGAAGGAUAAGACCUGAUUUUGAUGCACCCAUUUCUUCGGAGCAGAUCCGAGAGAUGAAAUACACAGAGAUGGUGGUGAAAGAAGUCAUCAGAUUCCGUCCACCUGCAACACUUGUGCCUCACAUUGCUGCUGUUGAUUUUCCCAUAACAGAGAACUAUACAAUUCCAAAAGGGUCAAUAAUUUUUCCUUCUCUAUUUGAGUCAUCAUUUCAGGGCUUUACAGAUGCUUAUAAAUUUGAUCCAGAAAGAUUCUCUUCAUCUCGUCAAGAGGAUCAGCUUUAUAAACGAAAUUGGCUUCCAUUUGGAGCUGGAGCUCAUCAAUGUGUUGGUCAGCGAUAUGCUCUUAAUCAUCUCGUACUUUUUGUAGCUCUCUUUUCUACAUCAGUUGACUGCACCAGAUGCAGGACUCCUGAUUGUGAUGAAAUUGCAUAUGUACCCACCAUUGUUCCAAAGGACGAAGGUCUUGUCUACCUCUCAAGCAGGAGAGAAACGGGUCCAAAUACAAGAGAAAAUAAAGAUUGAUCUCUAAGUGGUGCAGUCCUCAAAGGACACUGGCAGUUUGGAUUGCACCAAUAUUCUUUAAGAGUUCUCUGAUGAGAAACUUUUUUUAUGCAUAAAACAGGAGACUGAAUAGUAACUUGUGUCAUCGAGUGGAGGGAAAACAUUGAAUUUGUUGGUCGCUUAAAAAUACUGCAGCAUUUUUCUUCUUGUCGUGAGACUUCCAUGAUCGAAAGCCAUUUCUAUGGAGAAAAAAGUUGAUUUAUAUGCUUUCUGACAUAGGCAAAGAUGUGAUUUAUUUAAUAGCUGGCAUCGUAAAAUGGGGAGAAAUUUGAGCAAUUUUGUUCAUUGAUUGAAAAAACAUGCAGUAGAAAAUUCCUCUCUGAUCAGAUGAUGUCUCCAUACAGAAAGAAAUGAAUAAGAUAGAUGGAUGGUGCCAUGAAGUCACAAAGUGGGAGGAAAAAAUGUUUUUAGGUUGGAGCGCUACUGCAUUUGCAUGUGUUAUAUAUUUACUGGUUGCAAGCCAUUUCCAUGGAGAGUGAGAUGAUUAGUAGGAUAGAUGCUGUCAGCUGGAGGAAAUAUCAGAGUUUUCAUAUGGUUCAAAGUACGCCACAAUAAAAAAGAUAUUCUUUAAUAGACUUCUCCUCAUCGCCAAAAGUGAUGUAUUUGUACGUGUAGAUGAUAUUAAAUUGCAUUGUCUCCUGCAGACUUCAUUGUUGAUUGAAUUGAUAGUUCAUUAUUCCCAUUGCUUUUACUUA